GACAUCAGCAUUUCACUGGACAAAUGAGACGCAGAGUUGAAGUGCGCACAUUCCUGUUGUCCUCCUGCACAGACCAGCACUUUCUGUGAGGAGCUGGGAUCCAUCUGCUUCAUGUGGGGGGGGCACACACACAUGUGCACACACACACACACACACACAUGUGCACACACACCCCAAAGCCAACAUUUGGAUGAAGACGAGGUUUUUAGAGGAAACUUUGACAGUAAAGAGCACGAGGAGUCGACACAGAACAGGAAGGAGACUUUUUUAGACGGAAAAAUCCUUCUUGACUCUUUCUUUCAUCUCUUUCUGCUGCCAUCUUCUUUCCUCUCACUUUUGUUUUGCUUCAGUGUCGGUUUGAGUGAAAACACACAACAGCUUUGUGUGUUUUUGUCAGCUGGACCUAUAAAAAGCUCUCCCUCCUGCAUCCCUCCUUCUUUUAUCUUAACUCUCCCCCCAUUGAGAUUUUUGUCUCUGAUGCUCUCCAUUUUAGGCCCACCUCCCAGAGAGAAAGCUCCCGGCUACGCCUCCUCCUCCUCCUCCUCCUCCCAUCCAGCUCACACUCAUUUUCUCAGAUGCCGACUGGAAGGAGAGCGGAGGAUUCCUAGCAGCAGCCGGAGUCUGCUCUCCGUCCCUCUUCCUCGCCUUCUGGAGCGUUUCCUCCUCUCGUCCUCUGGCCGCUCAUCACCAGGAUGUGGCGCUCGCUGGCUCUGCUGCUCUCUGGAUUCUCCGCUUUGAUCCACGUGUCGCUGCAGGGUCCCCACCAGAGAAGCCUGCUGAAGAGCCUCCUGAAGGACUACAACCGCAUGGAGCGGCCGGUGGCCAACGACUCCCACACUCUGACUGUCCACUUCACGCUGAGUUUGAUUCAGAUCAUGGACGUGGAUGAGAAGAACCAGGUGUUAACGUCUAACAUGUGGUUACAGAUGACGUGGUACGAUCAUUACCUCCAGUGGAACCAGAGUGAAUAUCCUGGAGUGAAGAACCUGCGCUUCACCUCAGACCAGGUCUGGACCCCGGACAUCCUCCUCUACAACAGUGCAGAUGACGACUUUGACUCCACCUUUAAGACCAACGUCCUGGUGAACUCCAGCGGCUACGCCAAGUAUCUGCCCCCAGGAAUCUUUAUGAGCACGUGCAACGUGGAUGUGCGCUGGUUUCCUUUUGACAUCCAGAAAUGCAACCUGAAGUUUGGCUCUUGGACCUACGACGGGUGGCUGCUGGACCUCCAGAUGAUCGAAGCCGACAUCUCGUCCUACAUGCCCAACGGGGAGUGGGAUCUGAUCGGAGUUCCCGGCAGCAGGAAUGAAAUCUUCUACGACUGUUGCAAGGAGCCGUACACCGACGUGACCUUCGUCAUCACCAUACGGAGGCGGACGCUGUACUACGCCCUGAACCUCCUCAUCCCGUGCGUGCUGCUGUCCUCCAUGACCUUGCUGGUGUUUGUGCUGCCGGCCGACUCCGGAGAGAAGAUCUCGCUGGGCAUCACCGUGCUGCUGUCGCUGACCGUGUUCAUGCUGCUCGUCGCAGAGAUCAUGCCCGCCACGUCAGACUCCGUCCCCCUCAUAGGUCAGUACUUUGCCAGCAUCAUGAUCAUCGUGGGGAUGUCGGUCAUCGCCACCACGGUGGUCCUGCAGUAUCAUCACCACGACCCAAAUGGAGGGAACAUGCCCAAAUGGGUGCAGCUGGUCCUGCUCCAAUGGGUGGCGUGGUUCCUGCGGAUGAAGCGGCCGGGCGAAAGCGACGACCCGGAGAGGCCGCCCUGCGCCCCCCACCUGCGGCGCUGCUCUUCGGGCUCUCAGAGCGGGAGCAUCCCCAACCCCCCGGACCACACCCUCCACCCCCUGCACCCGCAGAGCCUGGCCCCCCUGCAGACGGGGCCCCUCCACGUGGGGCACCCCCACCUGCACACCCAGUCCACCACCAACAACAACGGGAACCUCCUCUACAUGGGCUUCCAGAGCAUCGAGGACUCGUCCGUGCUGUCGGAGCCGGUCCAGAGGAACGUGUCCGCGGGGCCCCCGCGCGUGGCAGGGAGCCCCCCUCCGCACCUGCCGUCACAGUUCUGCAGCUCCCCGCCGCCUCCCGCUUCCAACAUGGACACCGUGGCCUGUCCCAGCACGGUGUCCAGCGGCGGGGGGUUCGGGGGCGGAGUGGGAGGCUGCUCCACAGCCGGCAUCGGGGACCCCCAGCUGCAGGCCAUCCUGGAGGAGGUCCGGUACAUGGCGGACCGCUUCCGAGAGCAGGACGAGGCGGAGAGCGUGGCGAACCAGUGGAAGUUUGCGGGCGCCGUGAUCGACCGGCUGUGCCUGGUGGCGUUCAGCGUCUUCAACAUCAUCUGCACCAUCUCCAUCCUCAUGUCUGCUCCUAACUUCGUGGAGGCGGUCUCCAAGGACUUCGUUUGAAAGCACAGCGAGCAGCAGAGGAGGAGCAUGAUGGGAACACCACUUCCAGCAGACUUUGGGCUCGGAGAAUUCCAGGAUCUGUGAAAAAAUUAUGAGUUCCUUCGCCACACAUUCUGUUUGUAGCUGAAAUAAAGGGGGGGGACAGAUGAGGCGGGGCGAAGAAACCGAUUUAAAUCAGGGCAAACAGGGUGCUUCAUCAAAUGCAGACAAGGGGGGUAAUUGGUUUCUAUGUGGCUAUUUCAAAGACUCCCCCCAGAAUUACAGCGAGAGAUGAAUCCGGGAUCAGACGGCAUUCCAAGCAGAGAGCGACGGCAGCUUGACAGAUGAAGAAGACGUGCCCGCCCCUCAUCUCACAGCAGUGGAGACAGCCUCCCACUCCCACUCGGGGAGAAAACACUGCAUCGUUUAGUUUGAUGCGAGGCAAAGAGGAGCGAGGAAGAGUCAACUCCUCGUUCACCGCGGUGCUGCAUGGAACAGCUGAGAAAUGGAGAACCUCAGAGCAGCAAGGAGCAGGAAAACCCUCCACAUCCGUCCUGCUGGUCCAAAGUCUGAAGACCUGGGAUUAUCUCUGAGAGUAAGAAGCUUUCUAAGGAGGAGUUCUCGCCCCUUUAGGUCGGAACGCCUUAUCUUUAGGAGGAGAUUGGCAAUCAGAGGAGAUCAAAGCUCCUCCGUCUCCUCCUGAACGGGGAAGCUGAAUUAUCCGAUCAUCAGCACUGCAGCCACAUCGGAGACCAAUGAAAACUCACCGAGCCGGAGCUUAACUGCACCUGGCAGGUCAUAACUAACCGAGGAAACUCUCUGGAUUUCACAUUAACGGUUUAAUCGCUCAGGCGGGGGGGUCAGACGUUUCAGAGAGGAAGCCAAUAAAAAAACCAGAGGAACGUGAGGAGGGGCCGGUAACGUUCCACCGGCUCCUAUGAGCGGCCUGCAGCUUCACAGGUGACCUGACUCACCUGUACGUUUAUGAAAGGAACCAAACACCAAUAGAUGACGCCGGAGGGUGAGAAGGACUCAUCUCCCUCCUGACAGAUGGACAUGUGCAUUGAGUCAGCUUGGCUUAAACCACAGACAGACACAGGCUUGUGUUGUUGUUGUUUUAUAAGGAAGGCUGCUUGGAGUUAACACCAAAAAAAAAGUCCAAAACGCCUUUUUUCUCCAAAGCUGAUAAUUUAGCUUCCAGGAAAAGUGUGAGUGGACAACAACCGACGCAUUUCCUCUGCUGGGAAUGUAACAGGAACAGAAAAAACACCAAACAUCGUCUAUUUAGGUGACCACACAGGGCCGGAGGGAAACGGCACCGUUCAAUACACAUUUGAUUCUUUUUCCAUAAA